AUGAUCUCUGACGUAGUUAGUAGCGAAGCAAUUCAACAAUCGUCUCCUCUUCAGUAUGAAAUAAUAAAUAACAGUAUUAUCUUUACUCAUCAAAACGAUACUAAAUAUGUGAUUACUAUUGUGGAGGAGAACAUUGUCCGAAUUCGAGUAUGGCCUCAAGGAAAACCACUUACUGAGCGAACAUGGUCCAUUAUCAAUUCUUCUCAAGCAGAAGACGUUCCAUUUGAAGGGAACAAACGUCAUGAUGAUAUUAUAUCAAUGAAAAUCAAUUAUACUGUUGAUAAAACAAAUCUGACAGUUUUCACUGGUAAUUUAAAAUUAGAAAUCAAUCUUUAUCGAAAAUUUGCUAUAACAUGGAAAAAUGCUUCGUCUGAUCUAAUUCUCGCUACAGAUAAUCAUUUAAUUCCAUAUGAAUUCACUCCGUCUCGUCGUCAUACACUUUCAAGAUUCCCUAACGAAUAUUAUUAUGGAUUAGGUGAGAAAUCUGGACCAAUGGUCAAAAAUGGACGCCGAUAUCGAAUGAGAAAUACCGAUGCAUUUGGAUACAAUGCUGAAUUAUCGGAUCCACUCUACAAACACAUCCCGUUUUAUAUUACUUUAAGAGAGUGUGAGGGGUUUGGUUUAUUUUAUGAUACAUCGUUUGAUUGCACGUUCGAUUUUGGAUGUGAAAUAGACAAUUACUAUGGGGAUAUUCGUUACUUCGAAACAGUUGAUUAUGAUCUGGAUUAUUAUUUUAUUUAUGGACCAUUGAUAAGCAAUGUUGUUGAACGUUUUACUAAUCUGACAGGACGGCCACCGUUACCGCCAAAAUGGACGCUUGGAUAUCUUGGCUCAGCGAUGAAAUAUACAGAUGCACCAAAUGCUCAAGAAAUGUUAGCUGAAUUUGUUAAAAAAUGUGAACAAACAAAUAUUACUUGUACAGGAUUCCAUUUAUCAUCCGGUUAUUCAAUGAGUGAUGAUGGUAAACGAUAUGUUUUUGUAUGGAAUAAAAGUCGUAUACCGUUACCGUCUAAAAUGACAGAAACAUUUCACAAUACCAAUAUGAAAGUAAUUGCCAAUAUUAAACCAGCCUUAUUAAACACACAUCCAUUAUACGAAGAAUGUCAUCAGUUAUUUAUUAAAAAUCGUCUAACUAAUGAGCCAGAUUUACAACCAUUUUGGGGUGGUACUGGAUCACAUUUAGAUUUUACAAAUCCUGAAACAAUUUUAUGGUGGCAAAAAAAGAUUCAAGAACAAUUACUUUUUUAUGGAGUCGAUUAUACGUGGAAUGACAACAAUGAAUUCAACAUUCGUGAUAGUCAAGCACGUUGUAAUAACUUUGGACAUUCAUUACCAAUUGAAGGUUUACGACCCAUUCAAACAUUACUAAUGGUAAAAGCUUCGUACGAUGCACAAAUUAAGAAUAAUAGUAUACUUCGUCCAUUUGUUUUGUCACGUGCUGGCUCACCUGGUCUGCAACGUUAUGCAUGGACAUGGACAGGAGAUAAUCGUUGUUCGUAUCAUACACUAAAAUAUAAUAUACCAAUGGGACUCGGAUUAUCGAUUAGUGGUAUUUCAUUUUAUGGUAAUGAUGUUGGCGGUUUCACAGGAGAUAUACCAUCUCCGGCACUUUUCGUCCGAUGGGUACAAAAUGGAAUAUUUUAUCCACGUUUUUGCGUUCACUCAUGGCGUAUAAACGGUGAAGAAAAUGCACUAUGGAUGUUCCCUAACAUGCUUCCAAUUAUUCAUGAAGCUCUCAAUUUUAGAACGAGUUUAUUACCCUAUCUUUAUUGUUUAUUAUGGGAAACAUCUCAGACCGGUUCACCAGUAACUCGACCAACUGUUUAUCAUUAUCAACAUGAUCCAAAUUGUUAUGAACAAUCAUAUGAAUUUCUUCUUGGAAAAUGGCUUCUUGUCGCAUCUGUUUAUGAAGAAAAUGCUACUAAACGAAUUAUCUAUUUACCAAUAGGUAAUGGAUGGUACAAUUUUCAUACUGGCACAUUUUACAAUGGUGGGCAGACAGUAACGAUUGAUUCACCAUUGAAUGUUUUUCCGUUAUUUGCAAGAGAAGGUGCAUUAAUACCGAUGAGAAGAAACGAUAGAUUAGAAAUUCAUGCAUUUUCUUAUCAAAUUAAUGGUACAACAACAUUUCCGUUCUAUGACGAUGAUGGGAUAACAUUCGAACAUAAACAAGGACAAUUUAAGCUUCAUACACUCUCACUUCAUUGUAAUGAAAAUCAAAUUCAAGUAUCGAGUGAUGGAUUAGAUGUUGACUGGAUAUUUUACGGCAGUGAAAGAGAGAAUUCACGCAGUGUUUUGUAUAAAUAG